AUGGCGCCGCCGGAGGAGACCCGAGCGCGGCUGGCGCGGGCCGGCCAGUCCCACCUGCUGCGCUUCUGGGCCGAGCUGGCCCCGGCCGAGCGCGCCGCGCUGCUGGCGGCCCUGGCGCUGCUGCCGGCGGAGGAGCUGGGCGCGCACUGCCGGCGGGCGGCGGAGGCUCGCGCGGCGGAGCGGGGGCCCCCGGAGCGCUCGGGCCGCAGGAUGGAGCCCGUCCCGGCCGAGUUCCUGGGCAGCGUCAGCCGCAGCGAGCCGGCCACGCUGGCACGAUGGGAAGCGGAAGGUUUCCACCAGAUCUCACAGAGCAAAGUGGCGGUGCUGCUCCUGGCUGGAGGGCAAGGGACCCGCCUGGGCGUGGCCUAUCCCAAGGGGAUGUACAGCGUGGGGCUGCCCAGUGGUAAGACCCUGUAUCAGAUCCAGGCAGAAAGAAUCCGCAAACUGGAGCAGCUUGCCGGCAGGAAAUACAACACGACAUGUACCAUCCCAUGGUACAUCAUGACAAGCGAGUUUACACUGGGGCCAACAGAGACGUUCUUCGUAGAACACGAUUACUUUAACUUGGAUAAGAACAAUGUGAUCAUGUUUGAGCAGAGGAUGCUGCCAGCUGUAACGUUCGAUGGGAAAGCCAUCUUGGAACAGAAGGGGAAAGUUGCCAUGGCACCAGAUGGCAACGGAGGCUUAUAUCGUGCUCUAGUGGACAACAAGAUCUUGGAUGACAUGGAGCGGCGCGGUAUCCAGUAUAUCCAUGUGUACUGUGUGGACAAUAUCCUCGUCAAAAUGGCCGAUCCCGUCUUCAUCGGCUUCUGCGUGUCUAAAGGGGCAGACUGUGGUGCUAAGGUGGUGGAGAAGGCCUAUCCCACAGAGCCUGUCGGGGUAGUGUGCCGUGUGGAUGGGGUCUAUCAGGUGGUGGAAUACAGCGAGAUCAGCCUAGAGACCGCACAGAUGCGGAGUCCUGAUGGGCGGCUGAUGUACAGUGCCGGCAAUAUCUGCAAUCACUUCUUCACGCUCGGCUUCCUUGAGACAGUGGCACAGAAAUUUGAGCCCCAGCUGAAGCAACAUGUAGCCAUAAAGAAGGUGCCCUACAUCGACGAGGAGGGAAAUCUGGUAAAGCCGCUAAAGCCAAAUGGGAUAAAGCUGGAGAAGUUUGUGUUUGAUGUGUUCCAGUUCUCUAAGAAUUUUGUUGCAUUUGAAGUUUUGAGGGAAGAGGAGUUCUCCCCAUUAAAAAACGCCGACACAGCCAACACAGACACUCCGACCACAGCUCGGCGGUCCCUCCUUUCUCAGCAUUACCGCUGGGCUCUGAAGGCUGGAGCCAGAUUCCUGGAUGAAAAUGGCAGCAGGAUACGAGAGAAACUCAAUUUAUCAGGAACUGAAGAUCCUCCUGCUGUGUGUGAGAUUUCUCCAUUAGUGUCUUAUUUUGGAGAGGGUCUGGAGGCACACAUGAAGAACAAAGACUUCUAUUCACCCUUUAUACUUGAUGAAAGCAAAACAGAAAUGCUGGAAGAUGCUUGAAUGAAGGAAAAAUAAAAAUCUGGCCAUCAGCUCUAUGCUGGGAACAGACACUGCUAAACUGCUGGCUUUGUUAUUAAUGAUUGAGAUAAUUGAUUGGGUAGCAAUUAUGCUGACAAAUAUAUACACGUACGCUAAUUCUGUUUGCUAACUUUGAAGGCAGCAUCUUUACCUCAGCAUACUUGUAGGUUCAGAUAUGAAUGAAGUUAGAUUUGUGCUCUCAGUUACUAAACAGAUUUUAUUUGUGCAUUUGAGCCUUUUCCUUUUAUAUUAGAAGAGCCAUUGGGACCAAAUCCAUCUGCUUUGCAGUUUAACGGGUCUAAUUCUCCUCUCACUACUUCUGAUUCCCACUGACAUUAUUGGAAGUUGUGUUUGAAUAUGAAGAUUAAUCUGAUGCCCAAUUCUGUAAAGGGCUGAUCACGCUCAAGUCCCAUUCCACCUUGCAGGAUUGAGUCCUUUCUCCUGAAUAUCUGGUGGUGGUUUUUUGUUUUUUUUUACCUAAUCCUGCAAAGAUCCCAAUUCUGCAAUCAUUGCUGACGAACAGUGCUCACUCAAGGAGCCCAAAUGCACAGAAUUGGGGGUUCUUUCUUCAUUGGGGCUCUUGGUGUGAAGAAGUGUUCCUUAACAAAAGGGUUGCAGAAUUGGGAAGAAAAGGUUUGCAUGUCCAGGAGUCACCUCACCAACAAAAUAUGAAGGAGAUAUGCAGGUCAGAGGGAUUUUACCUGGCACAGUGCUACAUCUUAAGGUUGUGAUCUAGUCUUUAAAAAUCAGUAUAAAAAGGUUUUUACAACAUCUUUCCACUUCUUUUGGCCUGAGGUGAACUUUUUUCCCUUUUGCUUUAUAGCAUAUCUCUAAUGUUUGGACUUUAUCUAAGUGCCUUAAAACAAUAAUUGGAAUAAAUCCAGGUGGUAGAGAAAACUGUUAAAUCCAAAGAACAAGAACUAUAUGUAUCCUGUUGUAAAGCUACGCAAAUAUCUAGAUGAGUUGAUGUACUCCCUAGAAGACCUCUGCUUACUCCCAGGGGUACACAUACCUCUGGUUGAGAACCACUGCCAUAGAGCAUCUGUACACCACUCAUAGUAGGUUGGUUCCCGCUGCAGAGGUGGCUGAGUGCACUUCCUGUUUAAGAGGUGCACUUGUGGUAACAGAGGUCAUAUAUUUAAACAGUGCAGGUGUUUUUCUAAAAGUUGAAUAUUUUUAUGACCUGUAGUAAGUAAAUUAAUAAUUGUAUUUGGUAGGAAAAGAUUUAAUCAAAUCUCAUGUUUCAGGGUUUAAACUAAUACAGUGGUGAUAAGAUCAGAUCUUACUGCAUUGUACAAUUGAGUAUACCUGCAUUUCAUUUAUUUUUUGUUUAAUUUUAAAUCCGAAGAUCAGGGCAACUAUCAGAGGCAGGGUAUUGAACUUGGGCUAAAUGUGUUGAAGCAAAUUUUCACGUAGCUUUGAAUUUUGUAAAUGAUUGAAUGAACUACUAAUACUGCUUGAGGGCACAGAAGACCAAAACACAUCUUUAAACCAUUUCUGUUUAUCAGAUAAAUGCGGGGAGGGAUAGCUCAGUGGUUUGAGCAUUGGCCUGCUAAACCUAGGGUUGUGAUCUCAAUCCUUGAGGGG